AUGGGUAGGAAAUCAGAUUACAACGACUUUAAAACUAAAAUACCCCUCCUUAAAUAUUUGCAAUUUUCCAAAAAUAAUCCUCACUUUCUCUCAUCUUUUUUUUUCCCGGUCCAGGCACCUCUCUCCUCUUUUCUCUCUCUCUCUCCCCUCUUUUCUCUCUCGCCUCCAAUCCUUCCAAAUUGGCUUUCUCCAGCAGCCUCAAGCUUAGAAGCGGAGCUCCGGCAGGCUUCCGACGGCCAACACCGCCGUGAAAGAAGGAGCGACGGCCAACCGUGCCGCGUCUCUUCUCCCGCAGUGGCCGCCGCCUUGUACCAGCGAAGGUCUGAUGCAGCCGCCGCCGUUCUCUCUCUCUCUCUCAUCGCAGAUCUCUCCCUCUCGAUCUGUUCUGCCACCGCCGCCUUGGACCGGCGAAGGUCCGAUGCGUGGUUCUGCUGCGAAGAUCCGGUCGUCAUCUUGGGCAGAAUCGUCGACGAUCGCGUGGUUCUGCUGUCUCUGGGGUUGGUCACCGUGAUGGCGCUGGUGUUCACUCACGUCGGGUUGAAUGUCCUCGUCGCCUUGAUUGUGGCGCUGGUGGCGUGCGGCGGCCACGCCGCCGUCAGGGGCACGAAGGAUUUGUUCUUGGAUGAGAGCGACGCCGCCGAGGGCGGCUUGCUUUCGGUGGUGUGUUGA